CUGCUCAUUCGUUACUAACAACAAGAAACCGAUAAUUGGAUUUGUUUUCGAUAACUUACGCUGCGUUGUGAAAUUAGUCCGGUUACUUAAAAAAAGUAAACUUUAUCAGCUUACACUGAUGGCUUCUAAUAAGGAGUGUUUAAUUAUUAUACUAGACGUGCGAAACAGCGCCUCCGAGGAAUUCAAAUUGAAGUCCGUAAAAUGCGUUGCGGAAAUAAUAAAGGACAAAAUUGUCGGCGGCAAGAAGGACUACGUAUCUUUUGUAUUAGUGGGCUGCGAGAAUAGCGACAAUGAUUUAUAUACGGCUGAUAAUAAAGUCUGCCAAAACGUAGUUCAAUAUUCGAAUACGCAGCUUUGCACAUGGCAGCUUUUGCUUAGCUUCUUCAAAUUCGUCAAUGAGCCAACCUGCGAUGCUGGCGAAUGGCUUGAUGGCCUCGCCGUAGCAAUGGCUAUGCAACAGGUAGCUCUGCCCUUGAAGUGUGCUAGGCAGCGUAUUUUGCUUCUCUAUGACUUCAAUUACAUGUCACAGGGAUACGACGACUAUAACCACAUCUGCGACAAUUUGCUUAAUGCAGGCAUCGAGUUAAUUGUAGGUUCCCACAACAUUGCCUAUAUAGACAAUGCUGAAACCAGCCUGCCCCAGGCCAUUUUUCAGUCCUCGCGAAAGCCCAAUAUCCAUGAGCUGGAGAACCAGAACCGUGCUCUACAGUUAGUCAGCAACUGCAAUGCCGUAUUGUGCAGCUUCAAGGAAACAUUGGCCUCGGUCUUUAAGGUGUCUAAUAGACGCCCCUGGGUUUGGAAUGCCAAACUCCAUAUUGGAAGUGUGAUUGCAAUUAGCUUGCAGGGCAUUAUAGCCAUGAAAGCCGAAAGUCACAUUAAGUUGAAGAAGGUGUGGGGCGAGGCUGAAGAGUUGGUUGAGCGAGAGGAACGUUUUUUUAUUAAGGGCACAGAAGUUACACCCUUGCCUCAAGAUCUUAUCGAUGGUUAUAUGCUUGGCGGCACUCCAGUGCCGUAUGAUGAGACUCUCGUUGAGCUGCCACCCUCCCAUGCACCGGGUCUGCAUUUUGUGGGAUUUGUGAAGCACAGCAGCAUACCUGAUGUUUACUUUUGCGGCGACUCACUUUACAUGCUGGUUCAUCAGAAGGGCAACACAACAUCUGCCCAAAAACUGGAUGCCUUGGUGAGAGCAUUGAUAGCCCAAAAGUGUGUUAUACUGUGCUGGAAAAUUUUCAGUGUCAAGUUUAAUACGCCACGCAUUGUGGUGCUAAUUCCGCAAGAGUCCACAGAGGAUCGCCCGGCCACCUUAUACAUGCAAGAGUUGUCAUAUCAUGCUCAGCACCAGUUCUGGGAUUUUCCCUCCCUGCGCACUGAAAAGACAGAGUGUAACAAAGAUCAGCUAAAGGCUGUUGACAACCUGAUUGAUAGCAUGGAUCUGGAGUGCACACUGAAGGAUACCCAGCAGCCUAGACAGCGACGACAAAAUGAUCUGUUGCCAUUCGAUGGGCUGCCCAGCAUUUAUGAGCAGAAUGUGAUGGACGUAUUGGAGCGAAAGGUUAUCUGCCGGGCAGCGGACGAUGAACAGUUCCAAGAAAUGCUACAAGACAAAAACUUUGUCGACAUCUUUUGGCGAGUGCCUGAACCAAUUGAGGAAAAAUCCAAACAGGCCGCAGCGGCGCUCAAAAAACUAUUUCCAUUGGAGCAUAGUCAUGCAUGGCUAGAGAAGCUCAAGGCCAAGGAGCAAGAACAGAAUUCAGCACCAGCUAUCAAGCAAGAACGCCCAGAUCCAAUCAGUAUUGAUAGCGUGGGUCUAAUGACACCUGUCCAAGAUUAUAAACAACUGCUACAAAAUGUACGCUCCGAGUUAAAUACUACUAAACGGGAUGCUCAGUUCCAGUCGUUAGCUGCGCAAAUGCGAGUGGUUGUUAUUACGUUGCUGGAGCGCAGCAAAUUGGAUCUCAAUCAGUUGAACGAAGUGAUAAAACUGUAUCGAGACAGUUGCCUCGAAUUCAACAGCUUUACGGAGUACAAUCAAUUUGCGACGCAGCUAAAGACCAAAGCAACCGAAAGGAAUCUUCAGCAGUUUUGGAACACCAUUGUGGUGGAGAAGCAGCUGGGCCCUCUCGUAUUGGGUGAGCCAACCCUGGAGGACGAGCUGCGUCUCAAAAAGUUUUAUACUAAUCCAGAGUUCGAAGUUGAUACUGAAAUGCAGGAUGAUUCAUAA